CGCCCUUUACAUAAAUUAGGGGCGUCUCUGUGUGACAUCAUUUGCCAAACUUUUCAACAUGGCGAUACAACGAACUGAAGAGAUCGAAGCAAUGGAAAAUGCGAACCUAACUUCGCAUCCUGGCUUCAGCAACGACAAGUAUUCUAUCCUCGUCAUUGUCGGUGAACAUAGUGGGACUGGAUUUGUGGACUACAUGGUUGCGGAGAUAAAGAGAGGCAUCCGCUCAUGGGAUGUGGACCUGACAUUCUGUAACCUGGACGAGCAGCUCAAGCUCUUUGUGUCUCGACACUCUGCCUUCUUCUCGGAAGAAAUAAAAGGCCAGAGGACGCUGCAGCACAGUGGAGACGUUCUGGACACCAAGGUGGUGGGGAACCCAUCCCAUGAGUUGGUCUGCUCAGAGGUGCGCCGGCUUAUAUCUGAUGUGUCUCGCCACAAGUUGUUGGUUCUUGCUGGACAAUGUGUCGAAGAGGCAGGAGACCUGGUCCUACAAACAGGAUGUUUCUCUCUCAGUGACUUCAUUCAGAUAUUUGCUGAUGAGGAGAUUGGAGAGUUAUUGAGCUCGGCAGACCCCACACAAAAAGCUAGCCUCACGCUGAGUUGUCCCAACUCUGGGGUGUGGAAGAACUCAGUGUUGGAGAAGCACAACCUACAAGACUUCAUUGACAUCAAAACAAACCCGCCAUCAGUGCUACCUGAAAUGGAAGGUCUGCAAGAGUUCACAGAAUACCUCUCAGAGUCCCUGGAGCCACAGUCUUCUUUUGAGCUGCUGGAGCCCCCCAGUACUGUGGGCUUCCUAAAACUCUCCCGCCCCUGCUGCUACGUAUUUCCAGGUGGGAGAGGAGACUCCGCCUUCUUUGCUGUUAACGGUUUCAACAUCCUGGUCAACGGUGGGUCCAAUCCACGCUCCUGUUUCUGGAAACUGGUUAGACAUCUGGACAGAGUAGACUCCCUACUCCUCACCCACAUCGGUACUGACAAUCUUCCAGGGGUGAACAGUCUUCUCCAAAGGAAAGCGGUAGAACUGGAGGAUGAACAGUCUGCCGACUCUCAGAUCAAUGAGGACUGGAUGAAAAAUCUAAUUUCCCCUGAGAUUGGGAUCGUUUUCCUUAAUGCUCCAGAGAGAUUGAAGUCAUUCCAGGGUGAUCCCGAAGAACUGCGGAGCUGCGAUCAGGUGGCACUCACGUUGCAGCACCUUGAAAGGCUAACAAUCAAUCCAGAGCCUCUUAGUCGCUCAAAUGGACCCACCAUUGAGCCUGUUAUACUUUUCCAGAAGAUGGGAGUCGGUCGUCUAGAGCUGUACGUUCUUAACCCAGUCAAAGGCAGUAAAGAGCUUGAGGCUUUGAUGAAGACCUGGCCCGGCAAUGGAUCCAACAUGAAAGGCUCAGAGAUACCCCUGCCUUGCCUCGUCUCCAUCUGUGCUCUACUGGUGUGGCAUCCUGCCAGUCCUCAAGAGAAGAUCAUUCGAGUUCUCUUCCCUGGGUGUACUCCGCAGGCUAAGAUUCUUGAAGGACUUGACAAAGUAAAGCAUCUAGAAUUCCUGAAACACCCCGCCGUGAGCCUCAGGGACCUUGAAGCAUCCAAAUCAGAUAAACAACCAAAACGUGCAGAGAGUCGGGAGAGCCUUAAGUCCCUGCUCAAGGAUUCAAGACCUAGCAGUGCCUUGCUGAAGGACAAACUUGGACGUGGGGACGUUAAGAAACAAGACGUGAAGACCAAGCCCAAGGGCCCAAGUGACAUUACUCCUAAAGAAAAGAAGGAAGGGGAAGAGAAGUCAAAAUUGAAGGAUGGGGAUGCUAAACAAAGACCUCCAAAACCUGAAAAGCUUAUGACAAAGAAAGAACCUUUAAAGGAUGAGAAAAAAGAAGGUAAAAAGAGGGAUGAGAGAGCCUCUGCAGGUGUUGCCAAAAAGGAUGAGAUUGUGGAGAAAAAGAAAGAACCAAUUAAGAAAGAACCUCUUGGUCUAAAACCAAAGAAAGAUGUCAAACCUGAUCCAAAGAAAGAGAUCAAGAAGGAGGUAAAGCCAGAGGAGAAGAAACCAACAAAACCUCUCAGCAAGGAUGUCAAAAAAGUGACAACUGGACCUUCAUUAGGAAACACAGAGGCAAAAAAGCCCUUAGGCAAGAAUGGAACUUUGAAGAAGGAUGCAAUCCCCAAGAAAGACUCAUUGAACAAGGGGGCAAAGUCAAAGACGGGUAAAAUGCCGGAGAAUCCAAAAGCUUUGGCCUCUGAAGGGGACGCGGAUCGUUCCAAGAUGUCAACGCCUGAAGACAUGACAGCGGAAUUCGAGAAGCUUAGAGCAGAAAAUGGAGAGUCAGAGAAAAAGACUGCUGUUGUAGUGAGCACUACAGGUAACAAUGAAGGAAUGGUGCAACCUGCAACAGAGAAUAGAUCAAGAGAAAAUGCAGAGAAGAGGGACAUGUUGGAAAGUCCAGAAAAGUUCCGCUGCAUGGAGACACUCCCAAAUCCAGAGAAGGCCCUGGGAACCACUUCACCUCUUGCAAAAACUCCUAAAAGUGACCGCAGUGUGUACUUUGAUCUCACACCAACUGAAUACAGGCUUCUUGAUGGGGCCCUGAGAAAUGGACAAGAAGAUGCAUGUGCCAGCUCAGAUGAGAAGACUUUAGAGUUGGUCUCCCCUGCUGACUCAGCCCCUAAUAGCGCUGGGCAUACCCCUUUCCACCAAUCACCUGAAGAGGAUGCUCAGGGCUCUGGUGAGGACAGUAGUCUCGGGGGAAGGGUGCCUAGCCUUGGGUUUGAAGACUGCCACGUCAUGGGUUCUUGCAGGAACUCUGAGGUAGGCUCCUUGAGGGGGAACCUAGAAAACUCUACAUCAUCACAGGACAAGCAAUCAAGCCUUUUGACACUGAGUCCCUUUAUGCUGCCUGACUCUGUUUCCGCCAAUAUUACCUCUAUGCCUGCUGAAAUCGGUUCCCCACACUCGACAGAAGUUGAUGAGUCUCUUUCCGUGUCUUUUGAACAGGUGCUCCCAUCGAUUGAUGAGUCACCCAAGGGAGACCAUAUGGACAGGUCCUACUCGAAUGGGCAUUUUGCUGAUCCUGACCCCAAAAUGGGGAUGUCCUUACCGUUGAGGACAUGUCAUAACAUGCGUCCACCAGGGGACGGCUCAGAGGAACGCCUUACUGGACUUCAGGGUCUUCUCCCUGACGUUCCCCAUGACGUCGACCUCUGCCUGGUCUCACCCUGUGAAUUCAAGCACCCAAAGUCCCCAGAGAACCAACAACAGCAUCUGUCUCCGGGGCUAGCCACAGGUAGCCCGCGAGAGCUCUCAGGAAACAGCGACCACUCCCAGGAGCUAGCUAAGCCACAAAGCGUCAUUAAUAGUGAUCGACAUUCGCCACAAGGCCAGGAGACUCCACCCACAUCUGCUAGUGAGUCCCUCAACACAGCCACAGAUUCAGACAUACCCCCAGGGACUGAAGACUGCCCCUCCAUCACUGCAGACAUGGACUCUGAUGAGGAUUCUGGGAGUUUCCCACCCCACCAUCCACACGACCAUCCCAGCUCUCACUCCUCCAACAGAGGAGCUCAACAUUCCUCUCAGGACCCUCCCCCAGCCCCAAUGAAGGACCUGCCCCCCUUGCCGCCCCAGCCCGGUGCCUGCAUGGCUGACCCUGAGGCUGAUGCUCCAAGCAAGACCUUAAAGAGCGCCGCCGCAAAAACCAAGAAACCAGCCGGUGUCACACAGAGGAUAACGUCAGCCACCAGUACAGCUCUGAACAGCAAGACCAAGACUGGCAGCACAACUGGUACAUUGAAGACCACCUCAAGUCUUGACACAAGGCCUUCAUCCCGCAAUACCACUAAUGGCUCCAGACCUGGGACUGCAAGGUCAACUUCAUCAGGUUCUGUGGGCAGUAAGGCCUGUGCAGCUGGAGGGGCCCCAGUUUACUUGGACCUGGCUUAUCUCCCAUCUGGUUGUGCCUCUACCACCAUUGACGUGGAGUUCUUCCGACGCCUGCGCUCCUCCUGCUACAUCGUCAGUGGUAACGAGCCCCUGAAGGAGUCUGUCAUGAGACCCAUUCUUGACGCCCUACUGGAGGGGAAGACCGCCUGGCCCGAUGUGCAGGUGACCCUGAUCCCCACUUUUGACUCACUGACGAUGCACGAGUGGUACCAGGAGACCCACGAGAGGCAGGGGGAGCUGGGCAUCACCGUGCUGGGCAGCAACAGCACUGUGGCCAUGCAGGAGGAGACCUUCCCUGCCUGUAAAGUGGAGUUCUGAGAGAGCGAGAGAGAGAGAGAGCAAGACGAAUCUACAGAUCCCUGCACUCUCACCCACCAACGUAUCUCACCCACUUUAUCUUCUCUUAAAUUAUGAUGGACUCAUUUCCCCCCUCUAAACUGACGAUUUCCCACCCCAGCAUGCAUCAAGUAUAGCCUGGUGGAUUAGCAGGCUUUGCUCCUCCUUUAAAUCCUAUAAAUAUAAAGAGGACUCCAUCAAGCACUCCCAUCUUUGCCUGGGUACGUCUAUACCAUGGAAAUGAAGUCAGAACAUGAAGAUGUCCAAGAGUCUUUGGUCUACCAACAUGAAGAAAGGUUGUUCAUUAUGAAUGCUAGGUAAGGUGGACUUAGAAGACUGGCUAUACUAAUCGAAGGUCCUCAUAUUUCUUAUCAGUAGCCAGGUAGUUGUGAUCCAAAUCCGCAACUGCUCAGAGGAAACUAGUCGACAGCUGUAGGAAACCCUCUGCCUCCAUGGGGCUGAACUCCUGAGUUCUUCCUUCAACGAUUAAUCAUUUAAUCCGUAUAGCAUUUCAUAGGUAUAUUUAGCCCUGCACCCAUUUGCACAGUUAUCAAUUUCCACAGACAAGGGGACCGCAGUGAGAGAAUAAGUGUUACAAUAGAAUAUGAUGUCCGUCAAAGGCUAAAAAAGGCAGAGGGUGUGUGUGAGGAGGUGAAGAUGGGACCUUUGUUGUCUCCUGGUGCGCAUGUAGAACGUGUAGAGACCUCAGCACUUACUGAAGGACGACGACAUGUUUCUACAUCCUAUUUGAGUUUCAUAGACGGUCUAUGAACAUUAUAAGGAGAUAGCCAAUGUCUUGGAAGGUAAUGCUAUGCGUGUGAACAGAAGGAUUACUCCGACAUUGAUAAAAUAAUGAAGUCCAUGUUUCAAGAAAUCAUGAAAUGUGCGGCAUUUUGUGUAACAUUCAUAUCAGUCACUUUAACCCUUCAUCUAGAGCACAUACUGUGGGAUACACUAUUGACAGUGUCUUUUUAAAUGAAUUAACUUGGUAAAUACUAAGUAAUCAUUUGUACUAAAAAUAAAUACUCAUAUGUAGUGGUAGAUGGAAAGCAAUAGACAAUUGAGUCGGUUAUGUACCGACUCACAUAACUGAAUUACAGUUUUAGGACUGAGUAGUUACUUCAUUAAAAAAAUGCACUUUGACUGAAGUGUUAACAGUACAGUAUAUUUCCACACUAAUUAACCAGCUUUUUAGCAACUAUCCAAAACCCUAUUUGAGUCCCUCCUCAAUACCAGAAUAGUUUUUAUCAUAGAGAAGCUGCAUGACGUCACCAUCCUCUAAUUGUAAUGAUAAACUGGGUGGGUUGCGCCCUGAAUGCUGAUUUUCUGAAAGCCGUGGUAUAUCAGACCGUUUACCACGGGUAUGACCCCAAAAAUAUUUUA